AGCCAAUAAUUACGCAUAUAUAUCACAAUGAGACCUACUCCUGCUUUAUUAAACGCCGCUAAGAAGAGUUCCGGAUUCAACCUUCCUGUCGAAUUGACUCCUUUGUUUGCUGCCGUUGGUGUUGCUAUUGCUUCCGCUGGUUUCUUCACUUACAGACACUUUGCUCAUGAUAAGGAAUUGAGAUUAUGGAAGAACCCAGAUUUGUCUACUUUAGAUGAAGUUUUGGACAAGAACACCAAGAAAUAAACCAUUUCAGAAUUUUUAUCAUUAUAAAAGAGAAUAACCCAGCAUGAAAUCACAUUUAACCUGGACUUUUAAUUCUAUUUCAAUUUUUUUUUUUGCUGAUGAACUAUUGAAUUAUACAAUGGGGGCCCCCGGUAGAUAACCAUGAUUGGGUGAAAUUAUGUAGUUCUCUAUAUAGUUUAUUUCAGUUUUAAAUACCUUGAUUAAUAUGUACAAGAAAUAAUUAUGAUAUGUAAUCUAUGAAUCCAAUCUGUGAAGAUGUUCGUCUUCUAUAUUUGUAUAAUAAUCUACCACAUCACGAACAUCAUCCAAUGCAUCAAUUGCCUUGUCGAAUCCCUUGUUGUUUUCUGGGUAUGGAACUCUGCUGUCCGAGUUGGCAAUGUAUCUAAUUGAACUGUUUUGAAUUUGAUAUCCUCGACUACCAAGCUCCUUGACUAUGUUGUUGAUUUCAGUUUGAUCACAAAGUAAACGAUAAACCAAUGGCAUCUUAAUAUUGUCAAUUUCAACUUCUUCUACAUCCUCAGCACCGAUAUCCAAUGCUACUUCAAACACAUCAUCAAACAGUUCGUUUGCAUCUGCUUUUGGCAAAAACACAACCUCCCCCUUUUUUUCGAACAUAUACAUACAAGGGCUAGCAGUUGCCAGGAACUCCGCAAGGGCAUUUCUAACCUGUGAAACUGUACGAGACUUGUUAUCAGUAGAUGCUUGAACAACAAAGGCAACCCCACCUGGACCCAUCAAUUCGUAUACCACGUCACUCAAGGCUGGUCCAUCCAGAACCAUUUCCCCAGCACCACGUUUGAUUGCCUUUUCGAUAACUGCUUUUGAAACAUUCAACUUUUUUGCCUUUUCAACAAACAUGUCAAGUGUGGGGUUGUUUUCUUUACCUCCUUGGCGUACAGCAGAUUCGAUUCUAUGGGAGAGAUGGUAGGCUUCUUUUGACUUUUUGGCGUCGUUCUUGGCUUUAUCAUGCUUGAUAUUUGCCCAUUUUGAGUGUCCAGCCCAUCUUACUUGUCUAAGAGGUAAACAUAACGUUCUGCAUGUCUGUAUAGGGGUUAAUGCACGGAACAUCUUAAGUUUGAGCUAUUGUAACCUUUGUCU